AUGGAGAGAGUUCAGAUCCAGAGAGAUGAGGAGAGAGUUCAGAUGCAGAGAAAUGAGGAGAGAGUUCAGAUCCAGAGAGAUGAGGAGAGAGUUCAGAUGCAGAGAAAUGAGGAGAGAGUUCAGAUCCAGAGAGAUGAGGAGAGAGUUCAGAUCCAGAGAGAUGAGGAGAGAGUUCAGAUGCAGAGAAAUGAGGAGAGAGUUCAGAUCCAGAGAGAUGAGGAGAGAGUUCAGAUCCAGAGAGAUGAGGAGAGAGUUCAGAUGCAGAGAAAUGAGGAGAGAGUUCAGAUCCAGAGAAAUGAGGAGAGAGUUCAGAUCCAGAGAAAUGAGGAGAGAGUUCAGAUGUAG